AUCUAACGUAGUAUUAAAAGGAUUUCGGCUUUUUUGAUUUAGAAAAUUUAGUGGAGGAAGAAAAUGUCGAUGUUAAGGCGGAGGAAAGCUUCUGAAAACGAGAAAACCUCCAAUUUGGAGUUCAGAAGGGAUGAAGAAGAGGAGAAAAAGGAGAAAGAUAGUAAGGUGACGAAGAAGAAGAAGAAAUGGUCUUGCCUUGAUAGCUGUUGUUGGUUCGUUGGGUGUGUCUGCUCGAUUUGGUGGCUUUUACUCUUUCUUUAUAAUGCGAUGCCGGCUUCGUUCCCUCAAUACGUGACGGAAGCAAUUUCGGGACCAUUGCCUGAUCCGCCUGGCGUGAAACUGCAGAAAGAAGGCCUGGUAGCGAAGCACCCUGUGGUGUUUGUGCCCGGGAUUGUCACUGGUGGGCUUGAGCUUUGGGAGGGGCACCAAUGUACGGAUGGACUGUUCAGAAAGCGGCUUUGGGGCGGUGCUUUUGGAGACAUUUAUAAAAGACCUCUAUGUUGGGUAGAGCAUAUGUCAUUGGACAAUGAAACUGGACUGGAUCCUUCUGGUAUAAGAGUUAGGCCAGUCACUGGACUUGUUGCAGCAGAUUACUUUGCAGCUGGCUAUUUUGUGUGGGCAGUUCUGAUCGCCAAUUUGGCUCGGCUUGGGUAUGAGGAGAAAACAAUGUACAUGGCUGCGUAUGAUUGGAGACUUUCAUUCCAGAACACUGAAGUGCGGGACCAAACCCUGAGCAGUAUUAAAAGCAAUAUAGAACUCAUGGUAAGUACAAAUGGUGGGACAAAGGUGGUUGUUGUUCCACAUUCAAUGGGAGUUCUGUACUUUUUGCAUUUCAUGAAGUGGGUUGAGUCACCAGCUCCCAUGGGUGGUGGUGGUGGGUCAGAUUGGUGCGCUAAGCAUAUAAAGGCAGUGAUGAACAUUGGUGGGCCAUUUUUAGGUGUUCCAAAAGCAGUCUCGGGACUCUUCUCUUCUGAAGCCAAGGAUAUUGCUGUUUUCAGGACAAUGGCACCUGCUGUUUUGGACAAGGAUGUCUUUGGUCUCAAAACUUUGAAACAUGUAAUGCGGAUGGCCCGCUCUUGGGAUUCGACAAUGUCAAUGAUACCAAGAGGUGGAGACACCAUUUGGGGCGGUCUUGAUUGGUCACCUGAAGAAGGUUAUGUAUGUAGUCCAAAGAAGCAACGAAACAAUGAUACAACAGUUGCAGCCAAUAAUGUGACAGAUAGUGUGCUCUCUCAAACAAAAAGUUCAAAUUAUGGAAAGAUAAUAUCAUUCGGGAAAGAUGUGGCAGAAAUGGGUUCUUCCAAGAUUGAGAGGAAGGAUUUUAGGGAUGCUGAUAAGGGUUAUGCAAACAUGACUUGUCAUGAUGUAUGGACGGAGUAUCAUGAAAUGGGCUCGGAAGGUAUCAAAGCUGUGGUGGACUACAAAGUUUACACAGCUGGAUCAAUUUUGGAUCUGCUUCAUUUUGUUGCUCCAAAGAUGAUGAAGCGGGGAGGUGCUCAUUUUUCAUAUGGGAUUGCUGAGGAUUUGGAUGACCCUAAAUAUAAACACUACAAAUAUUGGUCAAACCCCUUGGAAACAAAAUUACCAAAUGCUCCUGAAAUGGAGAUCUAUUCUAUGUAUGGAGUCGGCGUUCCCACUGAAAGAGCAUAUGUUUACAAGUCAAUUCCUGCUGCUGAAUGCUACAUUCCAUUUCAGAUUGAUACCUCUGCUGAUGGUGAAAAUGAGGGUAGCUGUCUCAAAGGUGGUGUUUUUUCAGUGGAUGGAGAUGAAACUGUGCCUGUUCUUAGUGCUGGCUUCAUGUGUGCAAAAGGUUGGCGUGGUAAAACCCGUUUCAAUCCAUCAGGAAUUCAAACUUAUGUCAGAGAGUAUGAUCAUGCUCCUCCAGCUAAUCUUCUGGAGGGCAGGGGCACCCAGAGUGGUGCUCAUGUUGAUAUAAUGGGAAAUUUUGCAUUGAUUGAAGAUAUCAUGAGAGUAGCUGCAGGGGCUAUAGGAGAAGACUUGGGGGGUGAUCAAGUUUACUCUGAUAUCUUCAAGUGGUCCGAAAAAAUCAAUUUACAGCUAUAGUGUUUGCAGGUUUACAAAAACAAAAAAUUGAAGAACCAGCAUAUGACCACGGUGGGCUUGUAAUUUAUUGUACAAUUGGCAUCAUGCAUGAGGCAGAGAGACAGGUCUGUGGAGUCAGGGUCCCCUCAAAGAAAGCCAGAUCAUUUU